AUGAGGCAUCGUGCUGAGGGAAUAACAGAAAACUUCUCGCCCAUCGACAUUGACGUGACAACGUGGGCUGCGACCUUGAAACGCUCACAUACCACCAACUCGAAAUCCGUUACCCAUUCCCGGGAGCCAAGCUCCAGUCAAUCUUUCUUCGCAGGGCUCAAGGCCGCUUUCUCAGAGUCGCCUUCCCAAUCUGCCAAUCUAUCGCCGCGACUCUACACUGGCAGUUCGAGAGGAGGUUCAAUAGAUGCAGAUGCGAAAAGUCAUCACAGAAACACUAGCAUCGUUCAUGGCAUACAGCGGUCUAGGAAUGGGAGCUUUGGCAGUUCGUCUACUAGCCCACUGAGCCCGCAGAUAAUUGCUGCUGCAGGUGGAGAUUUUACAGAUGCAUCGGUCAUGGGCGAUUCGAAUUUCUCUUCCGGCGCAUCCAGUAUGACCAGCGGCACUUCUUUCAGCUCGAAUACAACAUUUGUACCGUCCCGCAGCCCUUCAGCGAUCGAAAAUGCGCCAUCAGCGAGCACGCACAGAAACAUGGAGCGUGGUAAUAGUACUAGUGGGAGGAGUCGGAGAAACCAUUCGCAUCAUCACUCCCAUUCAAGGCAUCAUAAGGACGAGUUGAAAACUGUCGGCGAAUAUGCGCUGCAUUUCUUGUUCACUUCAUUCAUUGCGCAAGCAGAGGAAAAGAUCUCACAGUGUGUUACUCUACCACUGGACCCAGAACCUCAGAUAGAACAUAUAUGCGGAAUGGGAGUGGACCCAGCAUUUGACCAAUUGAUCUCUGCUUUGGGUCAUAUUGCCAGCCAAAAACCUAAACCUCUCAUUGAUUCUAUGAUGUUAUGGCGAAAGAACAAGAGUGAUGCUGCCAACGAGGCUAGGAUUCAGCUUCAACAGUCUCGAGGUACUGUUUUUCCAGGCCAGAUCCCACGAAGAAAUACGGAGCCACCUCAUAAUCAGCAAGAUGAUCUAAUGGCUGGUCUGCCAACUAUAGCUGCACGCCAGGAGUUUGUCGCUCAGGCAGAACGUCGAUCAACAGCUUCAAUCUUUAUACUAUGCCGAGUCUUGAUGGAAGUCAUCGGCCAAAGUACCUUGGCUCGUAUCACACCUGAGAUGGAAGAAAAGUUGGAAGGAAUCAUUUUUGGACAACUGAAAAUUGCUGACGCAGACCAGCUGAGCACCUCGCCUCUUAAGAUGGCCAAUUGGUUCUUAUUCAGCCAAUUACUUGGUGUCAUGGCUGAAAUCAAUUUUGAGAGUGUCACUGAUCGCUUCAUAGCAGAUCUCGAGAAAUCGCAGAAAGAUCUGGUCAAAUAUCCAAUGAAUAGGGAUAUUGAAGGGCGUAUGGUUUUAGUCCUCGGCGGCAUGAAGCACAUUCGUCUCAAGGCCUAUCCCGAGGAUGCAUGGGACCAGUCUUGCGAUUUCAUGAUCUCUCUUGGGAGAUUCUUUUCAAAAUCACAUGGUCAACAUCUUAAAUAUGCUUAUUGCAUGGCACUCGAAAUACUUCUUCUGCCAAUUGCUGCCACAGCAAACACGGAACUCAACAUGCCAAAGUGGAAUGACGUGUUGGCAACUAUAGGUCCUAGACUGGCUUCAAUGUUCAUUAAGCCUCGUCACUGGGCUGUUGCAUUUCCAUUGACAGCGACGUUGCUCUGUGUAUCUUCCACGGAUACCUUUUCGACACAGUGGCUUCAGCUAAUCCUACCCCUCCAAGCAAAAAUGAAGGAGCCAAGAACUAGACCAAUCUGUCUACAAGUAAUUUCGAGGCUUCUUUGGACUUAUUUGCAUCGCACAAGCGAUACCACGAACGCCACAAUUAAGAAGCUGGAAGAGGUUAUGAAACUUCUACUACCUCAUGGUAAGAAGUCCUACAUAUCUACGGAAUCAUCGAUUAUCGAACCGCUGAUCCAGAUUAUACGCAUCAUUGGCUUCAAAUAUCAAGAUUUCUGUUUCCGUACUAUAGUAUUUCCCUUGAUCAAUGCGGAUUUAUUCGCUUCUGGGAGGGAACUCAAAGUUGAGCAGUUAGAACCUGAAAAAAUGGUUGUGGGAAUUCGAGCUUUUCUUGCUAUCAUGUCAGAUCUAGAGAAGGGCGAACAAGGUUGUCCACCGUUUCCACAGUACUACUCACCAUUGCCGGUAUUUGAAAGGAUGCCGACUUCCCCCAUAAUGACAGCGCCUCGAAGUCCCAUCACACCCUCUGUGGUAGUUUCUACCCGCGAAGAAAGGCUCUCGCGGCCUGUGAUUACUAACACGCUGGGCGACGUUGCCAAGGAGUAUUAUGCAAAGUUUUGUGAGAUUCUAGGAAAAAUUACUAUCAUCUGCGACAAUACUUUCGGGGGCCAAGCUGUUUUGGACGAAAAGUUCAAUGGACCAAUCCCCAAAACACCACUUGCCGAAAGCUUCAACUUCCGACGAGACGACCACCUAGCUCCGUCAGAGCAAAAGCAGGGAUUUUACGAGCUGUUGCAUGUCGCAGUACAGGCCCUACCUCGCUGUCUAUCGGCCGACAUACCUUUCAACAUCCUUGUCAACCUCCUCUGUACCGGCACUGCUCACGUGCAGUCUAACAUUGCAGAGUCCUCGGCACAAUCUCUAAAGUCAAUUGCUAGACAGUCUCACGCUCAGCCCGUCACCAUUGGCUUUGCUCGUUUCAUAUUCAACUUUGAUGAUAGAUACUCUACCAUGUCUGAUGGUGGUAUGCUUGGUCCAGGGCACAUUGAGAAUACACUAAAGCUCUAUGUCGAAUUGCUCCAAAUAUGGAUUGAGGAGAUCAAAAACAAGAUGAAGGACGCCGCAUUAGAUAUGUCCGAAGAUGGAUCUGCUGAUAAGCGAGGAGUGCAACUAGAUCUAUCCCGGAAUUUGGGCACAUGUUGA